CCAAUCAACCGCAGAGGAACCAUCUCGCACCUUUCUCGGACUUCCCGAGCAUUUCACGAGCGACAAGGUGACACAUCAACAGCGGUUCAACGAUCACCACGUCCGUGCACGAACAUGCUCACUCGAUCCGACGCAGCGAACGCCAAGCCGCCGAAGUGCGCAAACUCCAACACUCCGGACGACGAGAGCCGGAGAACGCGUCGAAAACGCCUCAAGCACGAGCACAAGAGCGUCGAACAGAGUCUGGCGUCGUUCGCACACAGUUUCGAGACUCAGCAAUGCGUGGAUUUGCAUACAAAACCGAAACGCAGUCCGGCGGACAACCGAGCGAAAAGACGGAAGAAGCACGGAGGUAUGAGGCAUGGCGCGACGAAGCUGGAGCCGAUAGGAAACCGAGGAGGAUACAUUGUCGCGAACGAGAGCAUGCACGAGCAUGUGCAGUGGAUGAGUGGCGAGGAGGCGGUCGCCCAAACAGAGGACGAAUUCUUGAAGCUUCCGGAUAUCGGAGGAAGGCAGCAUGGCGGGUUGAGAGGCAAUAGGCGAGGAACGCAGACCGAGAAAGGACACGCGAAGGAAAAGCAAAAACAGAGUCUCUGGGAGAAUCUACCGUCCAUAUAGCAGCCAUAUCGAAUAUUGAAUAACAUAUACCUUCUUAUAGCACAGAAAUCUAUUAGUUGAGCUUAUUGAUGCAGACAGUGUUGACUCAUUGGACUAAUAUUGCUGGUAGCUACCAGGUGAUUGCAGACUAUGAUAUUGAUUUUCUCUGUGAACCUUAUCUAGUAGCUUACCUGAUGUCGACUUCGCCGUCUUGAUGCAUCGUGAAUGAGCCAUCAGGCAUAUGUCGACUCUUGAGGAAUAGCUGUAGAGCAGACCUAUAUAGAGUGUAUACAGUAGAUUAGAAAUGAGAAUAAAGAGUAACAAAUUGGUGUA